AUGUCGAGCCUUCCAGACCUAACGCAGCAGCAGCCUGCGGUGCGCCUACGGAAAGCUCGCACGACCCCCGCGGACUUGCCAUCGGAGAAGUCGCCGCUGGGCACGAGACGGCGGCUGCGUUUCAAGGAGAAGGAGAACCCGGGCACGCCCGCUGUGCAUCGCCGACGACGAAGACUGGCCGCGCAUCUUGUGAUCAAGAGCUCUACGCGCGACGGAGCGCAUCUCGAGGUGCUGAUGCCACCCGAGCCUGUGGGCGAUGCCAGCGCUGUGAUGGGGUACAUGCUACGAGAUCCUCGGAAAGACAACGACAAGAACAUGCUGCUAUCGUGGUAUGGCGUGCUGCCUGGACACCUCAAGAACACUGAACGCGCUGAGGACACGAAGCACACCGAUGGCAUCCUUUCCCCGCCGCGCGGACUUGAUCAGAUGAGCACCGGCCCGCUGACUCUCUCACACAACGUGUACCUGAAGGACUAUGUGCUCGACAUUGUGCUGACCAAGUCCAAGCACAAGAAUCCUAAGCGUACGACGGUCGUGGAGCUGGAGGCGCCAGGCUUUCGUCACCGCCGUGGACCUGGACGGCACCGCAGCCUCACAAAAUACACUGACCAGGGCAAGAUCUCGGUCCACACUUGCCGCGGGCUCUCAGUCGUGCCGCGCAUACAAGUUGCCUGA